CUCGUUCGUGAAAUGACUCGAGUAAAUGUGAACAUGCGUGUUGGGAUUCACUCAGGAAGAGCUCAUUGCGGAGUCCUCGGCUUGAAAAAAUGGCAAUUUGACGUUUGGAGUGACGAUGUCACUUUGGCGAAUCAUAUGGAAGGCGGUGGAUUGCCAGGGAGGGUCCACAUCACACAGGCGACUUUGGAUGCCCUUAAUGGUGAAUAUAUAGUUGAGGAAGGGCAUGGCAGUGAACGAUCUAAGUAUUUGGCUGAACAUCAUGUGAAGACGUAUCUGGUCGUUGAAGCGAAGAAUAAACAAGUGUCGGCUCAUCCACAAGCUCGAUUGGUAGGGAUUUGUUGA